UCCCAGACCGGCCCACCAAACAGCCUUAAAUGGAAGCGACAGGCAUUCAUGAAAAAAUCUACAAUUCAAUCAUGAGAUGCAAUAUUGAUAUUAGGAAAUAUUUAUUUUCAAACAUUGUGCUUAGUGGUGGCUCGACUAUGUUUCCUGGCAUAGCAGAACGUAUUAACAAAGAAAUCACUGGUCUUGCUCCAAGCAGGAUGAAGAUCGAGGUGGUUGCACCACCUGAGAGGAAGUACAUCGCUUGGAUAGGAGGAUCAAUUCUAGCUUCCCUGAGUACUUUCGAAAAAGUGUGUAUAACAAAGGGCGAGUAUGAUGAAAUUGGUCCCUCUAUUAUCCACAUGAAGUGUUUCUAAGCUUGGUGAGAACUUAAAAAAUCAUCUUUAGUUUUAUUCAUUCAAAUGAAUGCUUCAUUUCAAGUCACAGUGGCCUGUUUCUUUUGAAGCGAUACUGAAUUCUCUGAGCAAUCUGUUUUACCGUGCUAUUCUUGCUUGUUUUUGCUUUAUUGGUGCCUUUGUAAGUUAGCUAGUAUGCCGGAAACGGGUGGAUUCGUCCACUAUAAGCAAGCUUUUUAGAAGUGUGGAAUCUGGAUUAGCUUUCCUUUAUUUAAUAUUAUUUACCUGAGAAAAUAUAUCGAUAAAGUAGAUCUACAUAUUUUAUGCUUUAUAAGUUAGUUUUGAUGAUGUUAUGCUUGUUUCUGUGUUACCAGUUUGCAAGCAGUGAUUUUUGUUCUUA